GGGGUGCGAGUGUUUAUAAUAAGCUUGGGCACUCUGGCUGGUUGGAAAAAUGCAGACCUGGAGAAGAUGAUCGGAGGUCACCUGGUUGUGGAAGAGCGGAUCUCCUAUGAACAUUGGGAUGGGGAGGGGGUAACCAUCCGAAAGGAAGUAGAGAAGAAAAUGUUCUAGCAGCACAGGAAGUGUGACUUAGUCGUGGAGGGAAAAACAGUGAUGACUCUAGUAAGCGUAGCAGAGUGGCGCAGCGGAAGCGUGCUGGGCCCAUAACCCAGAGGUCGAUGGAUCGAAACCAUCCUCUGCUACGGGGGGAAAUCCCCUUACUUCUUUACUAAUCCUUAUUCCACACGAAAACAAAAUCAGUUUCUACGUCUUCCAUAUUUAACCAAUAAAAAUUUACCAGUUUGAGAAUCCUCAUUAGUUUGGAGUUUUGUUACCCACCUUACUCUGAAACCCCACCAUUCCCACUAGGCAAUUCUAAAACCUUUCCACCUAUCUGAAGUGGCACACUGCUCCAAAAUGUAGAAUUCCUUCCUUCUGCUCCUUCAUUUAGGUGGUCCUGUAUAUUGUGUGUGAUUUCAUGGGGAAAGAGGUGACAAAUUCCACAUCCACUUCAUCUUCCAGUAAAGGGGCUUUCAAAUUUGUUAUCUGCUUAUGAGGUUUUGAUUUCAUACCAUUAGUAAAUGCAAAUAUAACUUAAAACAAAAGAAUGAAUUAUAACGCAGAUUUGUGGUCCCAUCAAAUAUUAAAUUUCAGAUUUCAAUAUUUAUACCUAUAUUUUGGUGCAGACUAGAAUAGUAGGAUGAUCGAAUAAAAACUAUAAGCAUAAACUUAUAUUAGCGUAAAAUUUUGCAGACAUACCAAUUCAAGGAGAAAGAGCUCAAUGAAGUGAGAGAUGUUAGAACCCGUUUUCGGAUAGUAUGAGUUUUAUAGGGAACUCGUUCUCGGACAACCUUAAAAUUACCUUUCUUGAAAGAGUCGUAUUCAGUCCCUACCAAUUUUAUUGUUAUUAGAAUGAAUUAUUUUAGAAAUGUUUAAAAGUUAUUUGCUUUUGAAUUUUUCAGAAUGUUAAUCACUUAGUUCACUCUGGCUUAUCCUGAAUAUUCAGCCUUAAAUUAAAUCUCCCUCUUUGCUCCCCUCCUGGAGCUCCAAUCCCACUGGUCCCGGUGAGGAUCAUGACUGCAGAGACAAUGGGAGUGGGCCGAGCAAGGGACUAAGCCAGGUGCCUGGGGAGGGCUCAGGAUCUGGGUCGAAACACAAGAAAUCUUCCGAAGCCUCCAGACCGCGCCAGACUGCAAUCGCUCCAGCAUACUCAAAAGUGCAAACAAUCGAAGGGCGACCCGGAUUCUGCCCUGGGAAGGCGAAUCUGCCCGAGGUCGGGAGGUGGCUGCGUCCGAAGUUCGUCCUCCCAGGAGGCAAACGACUGACAUCUCCUGACUGCAGAAACGAAAGGGAAAAGGGAAAGGAUAAGAGCGAGCAUCCCAAACCAGCAAAUUCGGCCUCCAGUGUUCCCGGCGCCACUAACGCCAUCUGGGCUGCACAGGUCCCGAGAGCGCCGCUCCCACUCACGGGGCUCGGACUGUACUCCUUGCUCCGAAUCCUGAGAGCCCGCGGGCAGACAGGAUCAAGUGCUGGGACGGGGAGCCUGGACCCUCCAGGCCGGCCGCAGCCAGUGUCUGGAGACCCGGCGCCGGAAAGACUCUAGCUUCGCGAUUUGGUGAACUUGGACCGAGCGCUUCCUCUCGAAUCCCUCUCCUGGGUGAGCUGCAACCCAGAGAGGAGAGAACAGAGGCCUGAGCGCCCAGCUUAGGCCUCAAAAUAGCAGAGCAAGCUACCGGGGCUGCAGAGGUCCCGCGUGUCCUCUGCUUCUACCCGGCGCCGACCUUGGGAUGCCAGACCUGGAGGCUGUGGAGCGCUCCGAGACCCUUGCACUUUCCUCGAGCCAGGAUCCCAACCGUCGUCGGAACGCUCCGCACUUGGACUGCGGCUAAGUCACCAAAGGUCAGAAACCUCGGGAGCCAAACCCCUAAGUCAAAGGCACCGACUCCGCCUCUUUGCGCCACAUGGGCAGUUUCCUGGGCAAGGCGGGACCCUCGCCAUCGUCCCCAGCAGCGGGCCGCCCAGACUUGUCGGAGAGGCCGGUGAACCGCCGGCCAGCUCAGUCUCUUCACCAAAUCCACCGGGUUCAGCACGUCCAUCGUGCCCACCCUGCCCCACGGCACAGACCUGCGAGGAGGCCACCGAACUGGGAUCCUAAACGUCCCGCCACGUGGGUGGUCAAUGAGGCUUGGAGGCGCUUUCCCAUGAAGAGGUCCCAGAAUUCCAUCAUGGGGCCUCUUCCUUCAGACUGGUGGGAAAGUUACUUCAAGCGGAGUAUUUGGUCUCUUCGGCACCCUAGGGCAAUGUGGAGCCCAGUGACCAUCAAGAUCGCUCCUCCAGAGCUGACAGUGCCUCCCUCCGCUUCCCCAGCAGAGGUAAUCAACUCUGGAGGGUCCUCACUCUCUGAGAAGCCCCCAGACCCCUGUGCAAAGGAGACAGUGCUGAGGGCCCUCGGAGAGUGCAGAAAGGGAAUGAGGUUGGAACAACCACUGUUUCCAGAGAGCUUGGUCAGUGAGCAAAGGAUUCUAGAGACUAGACCAUCUGCAUUUAAGCCUCUGACAAAAAAUGGAGUCCUCACUUCUUUUGUGCCCAGGCCUGGGCCUCUGAAGAGAAGUCGCCCUAGGAGCUCAGAUCACAGCUUCAAUAAGAGGCCCAGUUGUUCCUCUAGGGGCUCCUUGGUCAGCACACACACGGGUGGCCCCCUUAGCUCCAAAAGAAAUGCUAUUACAAGUUCUUACAGCUCUUCUAGAGAUUGCUUUGAGCCUUGGAAGAGAAGUAUUCCCAAUGUGUCACUCCAGAUACCAGAGUGGCCAGUGAAAAAGAAAGGGAAAUGUCAUCACACCCUCUCUCUGGUCCCACUGGUAGAAGACGAAUCCCCAGAAACACCUGGCAGCUCUGGGGAGCAAAAUCAGAUUCCACUGCUUCUAUCUAGUCCUGGGUACCUGCUGUCCCCGACUCCACCUCCCCAGCUUGGUUAUGAAGUCCCUGAAGACCUGGCCUUAGGGAAGAAAGCUGGACUCCAAUGGAGCAACAAAGCCGGAGAGGACAAGACUGAGGUCACCACAGACUCUGUCCCUGAGACUUGGUCUUGUAUUCAGCCUUCUCUGUCUCUUGCCCAGCCUUCUGCAGAAACAGCUUCAACCCAGGGCACCAAUCCUCAGUUGGAAAGCUUAAAUAAAAUGCAGAAGCCUCCAGGCCCACUGACCUUCUCACAACCUACAGGAGAGGCAAUCAGUGUGGCCCAUUCACAUCUGACAGCAAGCCUGCUGGCCCCACUUGGGUGCUCGAAGUCAGAGCCCCUUUCAGGCACCUCCUCAGACUCAAAACCCACAGCUGCUUUCAUUCUUCUGACCCCUGUUGCUCCCACAUCAUCAGUCACUGACACCACAUGGCCACCUUCAACCUCUCAAGCUGCUGUGCCCGGAGACUCACCUGCCUUUACACAAAGUGCUUUGUUUGGACUAAUGAGUAGUCCAGCUCCCCAUCUUCCUGCAUCUACACCUCUUGUUGCAACUUCUGCUGACCACAUGUCAAAAUCUAUUUUAGGGCUCCCACCCAAUAGUGAGAUUGGAGGCUCCUUAUAUUCCAGAAUUUCAGAUACAGCCGCAGCAUCUUCAACUCUGAGUAUCUUAACACCCACCUUCACGCCUAUCUUUGGCAGCAUAAAGACACUUAAAACUGUGCCCAUGAUAGCACCUUUCUCUUUCAAGCAGAAGUCUCCUCCACCUCCUCCUGCUUCUACCCAUCUCUUCCAUGGCCUAGUCAAGGCUACCUCUGUAGUCAUGUCCACCACCCCAGCCUCCACAUCCAAAGACUCUUCUUUUAAGCCACCUUUGGAUUUUGGCAUGGUGAAUGUUACCAGUACCGUGAGCAACAUUUACUCCAUCCCUUCCACUUGCCACACUUUCCUUCUUGGGACUGCUUGUACCUUGUCGGCCAGCUUCUCCCCAGCCACAGGCUUCAUUUCUCUACCACACCAGCGUCCUACCAUUCCUAUUGUCCACACAGUCACCAUCUUUAGUCAGGUUCUUCCCAGUGCUGUCCAGAUAUCCCCUACAAGGAGUACUGCUAAUUUUAGGGCUAUGGGCAGCUCUCUGUCAACCUCAGCCCUAGUAACCACCAACCAGCCAGUACUGUCAUCUAGGAUCUCCAAUUCUACCUCAGCAUUCACAGUUCCCUUAGGGUCAAGCUCAAGACCAUAUUUCCCACUAUCCCUGGGAGCCAAUUCCCAGCCUGCAUUUGAGACUGCAUAUGGGCAAAAGAAAGGAGCUCCCCAACCAGCCCUUGGCCCAAGCUUCGGUAACUCUUUCAUUUUUGGAAACUCAACCGUGGCAUCCUCAGUCCCGAUACCAACUCCAGCCCUGCCAUCCUUCAGCAAUACCACGCACUCAGCCUUUGGGGGUAUGGCACCAUCAGCCUCCACCUUUCACAUCCCUGCCACCCUCCGGUCAGACUUUGGCAGCACUCCGGUAGGUUUUCCCUUUGAUCAAGCUAAUACAAGUGGUUUUGGAGUUGUCACUCCAACCCACCAGAGUGGGGCUUGUAAUGCAGUGUUUGGUAGCACAGCCCCACGCCCUUUUGCCUUUGGAGGAUUAGUGACCCCUAUGGACUGUGGAGAGUCUGGGAUCAGUGUGACUACCUCUGGUGUGAGCUCCAACUCUGGAGCAUUCAGCAUUGGAGUAGUGCCAAGUGGGACCACACCCUAUGGAAAAGGCUGCAGCCAAGACAACCAGAGCGCACCUUUUGCCUUGGGGAGGGCCAGCAUUUCUGCAAGAAAAACUAUGUUUGGAAGCCCCUCAAUGGCCCCCUUUGCUCAGAGCACCACUGUACCUGGGUCAGUCAAGGCAGGCAGUAGCCUUGGCUGUGAGAUGCCCUCUUCACCUGCCCAGGGCUCUCCUGGGAGAGGAGCUUUCAGAUUGGCAGCUCCUUCAUUUUCCAUUGGCGCAAAAUCCAAAACCCCAAAGAAUAGGGAGAAAGGACAUUUCCGAAGGCAUCAUGCCCACAGGAAAUAACCUGGUUCCUUGCCCUUUGUACUCUGAUUUGGACCUCCAGAUAGUGAAGUGCCUCAGUCUCUUCCAGUUCUCUACAGCAAAAAUACCUCAGAUCUAAGGUGAGAGAUUUACACAUUCACCUUGUGGGUCCUAAUCUACAUCCUAGAAGAAGAUGGAGGAAUAAAGUAUCUAGUGGUAAUAGCAGAAUGAAGCUAAGUGGAACCAAACCUUUGGAACUGAACAGAGCCUUGCCUUCUGCUCCCUGCCCUCUUCUCUCGGUCAAGGAUGAGCUCAGUCAGGACACUACCUCCUGCUUUUUUUCUGGAAACAGAUGUGCCAAGGAAGCAACGAGCACAGUCCUUGCCCUCUUGCUGUGUCUUUGGGAGGAGGAAUGGAUUCUCUGCAAAUCUUAGCCUUCUUUUUUUGGCUCUAAGUAGUGGUUCCCUUUAUCUGGUCUCCUAGGAAGGCUGAUACCUCAUUUCUUGCUACUUUGUUCCUCAGCUGGUUCUUGGAGAAUCUUUUAAUGCAACUUGAUCUUGAAUCCAACAUUUCCUUGAAGAUCAAUUGUCAACCCAUGAAAGCACCUGUGGGAGGGCCAGGGAAGGAAAAAACAGGGUGGUGUGACCUUGCUUCUUCACUUUAUGGCAUAGGUCAUGUUAUCUCCAGUAUGAGCCAGAAAUGCUCAGUUAGGGAACCAAAGCUUACACGUCAUUUUUUCUUUUAAUUUGUACCUUAUAAAAUCACCUUCUAUAUCCUUCUAUAUCCUAUCUCUCAGAUAGGUUAAGUAGGGCAGGAAGACUCUUGGGCCUGAGAAUAAAGGGAGAAAAGAAGGAACAGCAAAUACCUAAGCUGACCUCUGGACCAUAACCAGUGGAGGUCUAUGAACAAGCUAUGACACUUUCCUUAGUACUUAUCAUCUUGAUAGGGAAAAAAAGGCAAGAAUUACUCCAUGAAUACAUCAUCUCCUGUUUUAUGGAUACCUUGGCAGAGACCUAAUUAGAAAAAUAAACAAUCUUAAAUUGGUUGAUAAAAUAAAAAUAAAUUGUCAAAAUAAGUUUAUGAUAUAGGAAUUACUAUUUAACACAUGUCAAUUCAGAGGCAGAAUGCUAUGUUAAGAAAUUUGCCAAAACUCACCCAGUUAGUAAAGGUUAGAUUUGAGGUUUAAACCCUACUGGCUCCAAAAUCUGUGUUCACAUAAUCUUCACUUAGCAAAUCACCAAAAUUAGAACUCUAACCCAGGUAUAUAUGACUCUAGAUGUCCGUGCUGUUUCAACUUGUAAAGGCAUUCUAAAACCCAAGACUGCCAUCUUACGGAGUCGGGGGGAUGAGAGAGGCAAGAGGAAAAGAAUUAAACAUUUUUUGACUGCUAUUUACAUAAUAAUUUAACAUUUAUCUAGUAAUGACUAUAAUGCCCUGUAUUAUGCUUUGUACCAGACAUUCAGAGGUGAAGGAAAACUGCUUUGGAGAUUACACUUUAGUGGGGAGAUUGGUAAAUAAGUCAGUGAUUCUAAAACAAAUGACAAUUUCCAGGAGAAUGGAGACAGGACAGAAGGUUAUUUUAUCUAUGACUGGAAACUUGAAUUCUGUUUUAAAGUGUGUGUUCUGGGAACCAAGUCGAGAAGGGUAUUGCAAACUGGGAGAUUAAGAUGGUGGAAUAGAAGGACUGGAGCUCAACUUCUCUCCUAAAAACAACAAA